GGUGCCCCUCUACCUUCAUUUUUCUAAUUCUUAAAGGAGAUAGCUACUUAUUUUAGUAAAUGUGUUCGGUACUGUUAGGCAAGUCUAGCAGAACUAUUUUGUUUCCUGGAUUCUGUAUUUUUCUUCCAUGCUUUUUAAACUUUAUAGAUACAUGAAGUUAUUAAUAGUGGACAUACUUUUUUGAUCCCUCAUGUUUAUGAUAAUCUAGGAAUAUCCUGUUCAGUAGCGUAUUCAUGCCAUGUCUUAUAUUUCUGGAAUUUAAUUUCUAUUGAAAAUGCCUGAUUAAGUUGACAAGAGGCAUGAUAAAAUCUACAGCUGAGUAUUAGCGUUCUCCAAUUUACCAGUGGCUAAUUGGGGAAUUUCUGGGAAAUCAUACCUAGAAUUCUGACUCUUUUGUACUGGUAAAUGUAUCCUGGCCACCUACAUCAGUAGUUCUCUGUAUUUUGCAGCAAUGGACACAUCUCGAGAAACCUUGGUGAUGACAUUCAGAUGUACCAAACAUAGCUCUAAACUAUGAACUCCCUUCCCUAAUCUACUCAGCAAAUCAUAGUAAGAAUAACACAAGGGUGGAUUUGAAUCCUCUGCAUUUGCAUUUUGUUUUAAAAUUAAAGAUGGAGCAUGCUUCGAUAUAUAUAUAAGAACACAUUUUUUUGGUUAUAUCUCCCAACUACUUUAAGCAUUCUUUUUGGAAAUCCUUGGUCUGGUGUUCUCUCUAGGUCUGUACUGUACAGUAGUGUGGCCAUUAGCUGCAUCUGGCUAUUGAGCACUUGAAAUGUGGCUCGUGUGAGUGAGGAAUUGAAUUUGCAACUUAAGUAAAAGCCAAAACUCCGCUCAAGUUGGAAAAGUUUUAAGUGUUUGGAACAAUGUAUUAGUGUACUAGGCUGCCACAAAGUACCGUAGACUGGGUGGCUCAAGUGAUAGAAAUUUAUUUUCUCUUAAUUCUCAAGCUGGAAGUCCCAAGAUCAAGGUGUUUUUGAAACCCCUCUCCUUGGCUUGCAGUUAGAUGCCGGUCUUCUGUGUCCUCCUGGAUUGCCGGGAAGUUGAAAUACUGCCUUGUGGUUCUGAAUCAGCCUCUGGACAAAUGUGUUCGUCAUCUUUGGAGCAAAGCUUUUUGCCUGAAUUCAUCAGUGGAGACUUUGAUUCUAUUAGGCCUGAAGUUAAAGAAUAUUAUGCUGUCAAGGGAUGUGAGAUUAUUUCAACGCCUGACCAAGACCAUACCGACUUUACCAAGUGUCUUGAACUGCUCCAAAAAAAGAUAGAAGAAAAAGACUUACAGGUGGAUGUAAUUGUGACCUUGGGAGGUCUUGGUGGGCGUUUUGACCAGAUUAUGGCAUCUGUGAGCACCCUGUUCCAAGCUACGUGCAUCACUCCUGUGCCAGUUAUAAUAAUCCAAGAGGAAUCUCUCAUCUACCUGCUUCAGCCAGGAAAGCACAAAAUGCAUGUAGAUACUGGAAUGGAAGGUGAUUGGUGUGGCCUUAUUCCUGUUGGACAGCCUUGCAGUCAUGUUACGACAACAGGCCUGAAGUGGAACCUCACAAACAACAUGCUUGGUUUUGGGACACUGGUCAGUACUUCCAAUACCUAUGAUGGAUCUGGUGUCGUGACCGUGGAAACGGACCAUCCACUCCUCUGGACCAUGGCCAUCAAAAACUGACCCAGCACCUGGCAUCCACAGCCAGGCCUCUGAUUUACCUCAUCUGCCGCCGACUUAUUGCUCAACAAGAACUUUGAUUUACAGAAAUUUACACCUCUCCGUGGGAAGCCCAGUAGUUUUAAAGAUGUUAAUGUUUAGAUAAUCCAGGUAACACAAAUGACAGAUCCCAAUUUUACAGUGAGGGAAAAAAAUGAUUAUUUGUGAAGAAAGUAAAUAAGCUCUAUUACAUUCACUUGGAAAACUUGUGGAUUAUUCCCCUAUAAAAUUCAGUACCGAUUAUUAUCAUUCCAUUUAUCCUAGAGAAUUGUUUUUGAUUUUGAAGCUGAGAAAGUUCUCGGUUGAGGGUCCUUGGUGUUUAACACAUCAGCCGCCUCCUGCCCAUCCUUAAAUCCUUACACCGAAGGCUACGUCUGAGUGUUAAUGCUAGAGUCCUCAUUGUAUAAUACGGGAAAAAAUUUCCUUUCAGAGUGGGAUGUCAGAAUAGCACCGUUUUGCCCUGGCCUUACCUGUCUUUGGUAUUAUCCUUUAAAAAUAAAUCAAGAAUCAUUGACCUAAUUAUUAAAUUUGAAAACAGGCAGCCAUAGGUGAAGAGAGAAACGGCAUGAAAGGUGAAUGACAGUUCAUAAAGCCCUACUGACGCUUUCACCCCAAGCUUGGCUCUGAGCUGAGUGCACUAGGCUCCAGUGGAGUGACAGAUGAGAACUGCCCUCAUUGGAAUUACAACCAAGGCUGAAGAUGUUGUGCAUAGGAAACUCAUGCACGAAAACUGAAUUGUUUCUGACAUUACUCAGUCUGAAAAAGCAUUGGUUCACAGGCCCCAAAAUUAAUGCAGAGGACCAGGAAAUGAGUUUGACACCUAGUAGUAAGAAUCUGGGUCUGAAAGCCUGAGCUCCUGUCCUGGUCCAGACAUUCACCCAAGUUCCCGGAACCUUGUCCUGAGCCAGAACCUGGGAGGGGCUGGCGGGGUGAUGCCGCAGCUUCCUCCCGCUCCCCCCCUGCCCAGGUUCUAGACCCUGACACCUGGCACUUACCCAGCAGAGAAUGCACAGCAUUACCAGCUCAGCGGUUCAAACCACAUGGGGCACUGAAAUGCACUCUUGUUUCUUUUAUGAGACCCUCAUCUCUCUUCGUACCCUUUUCUAUCCUAUUUACCAAAUGAAAUGGUGUCAUACAAACCAUGACGUGAGGAGAACCCACCCACUAGGUUUUAUGAACGCACAUCCCCAUUUUGCUCUCAAGGACCAGCAGCAGCUCUUUCCUUCCUGGUGUUACAAUAAAGCAAGAGUUGGAUUUUAAGUGGAGCGUGAAAGGGGAAUCAGUUGAGCUGCAUGCAGUUGUGAAGGUUCACCACGAGAGGUCAGUUGUGAUUAUUACGCAAAUAUAGGAGGUUGGAAUCCGAUGUCAAAUAAAAAUACUUAGUGACCAGUGUGCAUGUUUGUGGUCCGUUUUUAAGAAAACAGCCCGUUUUCUCAACUGUAUUUCAUUGUCACCGAUCUCUCAUAAUCAAUGUUUCUGUACAAAAAGAAAAAAAUUGCCCAAAGGAUGUUUAAUAACAACAGCACUUCACUCCUCUGAUUUCAGCAAGCAGCCAGUAUUAAUACUUGCUCUAAGCUGCACGGAAGGUCUGCACGAGAUCCCAUGUGCCAGUGCUUACGCUCUUUCUCUGGACUCGCUGCCCAUCUAGAAAAGAGGGAUUAUAUGGAGCACCUGCUUAUCUUGCAGGCCUUAGGAAAGACAGGAUUGCUUUCAAAGAUAUUUAUAAGCUGGAGAAAAAAGAAUAGAAGGGACUGCCAUACUAGCGAAGGUGGAGGAAGAACCUUGGGGAAUUAAGAAAAAGCAGAAGGGUCAGAGCACAGGUGAGCGGCCCAGACCCUGCACUCCGUGCUGUGCUGUGUGGAAGGCCCCCCUCUAGACCCUGCGGCACGUUCUCCGCCAAACGCACAUCCCAGAGCUUCUGUCCCUGUACUGCUGACCUUCCCAUUCACAGCAGACACAAGGGCAAAGAAGCCAGGGGAAAGGUCAGUCGAGGUCCUUUAACUCAGAACCCCCAGUGGAAAAACUUAGUACCUAAGACCUCCGAACCACUGCCCUGAACAACAUCUGCACAAACUAGAAGGGAGCAGAGUGGUGGCGGGUAAAGUGCGUAGCGUUCUUGACACUUGCACUUUUUAUUUCACUUAGAAGUUGAGGUUCAGCCAUUACAUACUCAUUACCAGAAACAUACGCUCAACACAUAAAAGAAAUGACUAUUGUUUUAAAAUUUUACUACCAAAAAAUGCAUGUCCUGUUUUUCCUGAAAAUCUUAACCAGUGUUACUAAGGGAUGCUUAGCCAAGAGAAUAUAGUUUCUGAAAUGUAGUAAGCAGAAGGGGGAAAGCACGGAGACAGCCCACACUCAGCGUCUGCGUAUCACGCUGGAGCCACCGGAGGCUCGGGGAGGGUGCUCCCUUCCAGGGAGGGCACCUCUCCCACUUCCUGCCAGGCUAUGACCCCGUUCCAGGCCUUAAAGCUGCCUAAGUGCUAUUCCUCUAUGUGCUUCCUCGCCACAUCAUCUAAACACGUAUCUGUUAUGUUUUUACUACAGCAGGAGUAUGCGGACGGUGAGAUCUCAGGUGCCCAGGCAGCCCCCUCUUCCCACCCUCCGGUUUGGAUCCUGACCUCCAGCUCGUAGCCGCAAGGGACACUGGAAGCUGGGCCCUGCUGGCCAAGUGACUUGUGCUUCUCAUCCCCUUUGACUUCAGUCUUUUCUUCUUUACGUGGGUCGGACGUGUGGCUUUUAUAAAUCUCGUGAUGGCGACCCCAGGAUAGCAUCUGGUUACCUAAGUCACUGAGGAGUGAAAGCACACCCUGAUGGCUCUUCUCCACAGGCGGCUGGGAGAUGACAAUGGCCACAGCUCUUGGAACGCUGGUGGGAGUCACGAGACUGAGAUGUAGUAAGCCGUUUGUGGUCCAAGGAAUUCAGAGUGGGGCCGCUCUCCCAGAUGAGGACGGCCAGGGCACUAAAUGUCUGUUCCUGAAGUUUUGUUAAGCAGACAGAGCAAGGUUCCCUUGGGACGGGAACUAGGGCCAACCCAGUAGUCAGAGGGGAUGCUGAGAGUGAGGGGGAGGUGGCCAGGACAGCCUGCGCAUUCACGAAGGUAAGUGCUCAGACAUUUGUGUUUGCUUCCACACCUGCGGAAUGCAUUUUAAACAGACCUUGCUUACUACCCCUGCUCAAAUUCAUGCCUUCCAGAGUUUUAUUUGAACAAUCAAAGCUGCUCAUGGAUUGGACGUGAUUGAGACUGAUGAUAUAGGCCAAGUCAGUAAGCAGGAGGAAACUCUUCUACUCCCGAAGGUUCUAUGAUUAUAAAAAGGGUGUGGUCUGAAUGGUGACUUUCAAACCCCACUAGAAACACAUUCCGUCACACGACCUAGACACACACAAACAUGCACACAAGAGUGUGUGCACACACAGUAUGCUUUAAUAAUUUUAUUCUAAAUUGAAACGAAAAACACCCAGAAAUCUCUUCUAGAUAGAAAAAACACACCAAGGGGUAGAGUGAAAUGCAUAAAGGAAAUUCUAAAAAAUGUGUAUGUAAAUGCAAGAGUUCUGCAUUCUCUCCUAAGACAACAUGAGUCUAACUUACCACUUUAUCUUCCCCAUUUCAUAAUGACAUUCAUUCUUAUAUGUGUGCUAAGAGGAAUAACCUGCCAAUGACAGCAGGCUGAAUGUGAUCCUAUUUGGGAAUAAGAACAUCAGUUUAACUUCAUUAGGAAUGGGGAGGAGAGCUAGAUUAUUUAAGUUGUGUCCAAAGCAUUCCGUUCAGAAUAAAAUAAAUGAUCCUUCUAACUGGAGGGAGAUGAAAAAAGCCACAAGGUCAAGCCAUUCCCAGGGGUCAAUAUAUCGGGAAUGGAAAAUUCCUGGUACUUAUAGUACAAGGCCCUCCUUGCCCACAGCAGAUUUCACUUAUCCAUCACAGUUUUCUCUCUUGAUGAGCCCCCGUCUGAGCCUCAGCUCAGAACAGUUCUCCUGGCAGGCAUGAUCAAUUAUUCUCCCUUGGCUCAGCACCCCGGAGGCUCAGAGCUAAUGUGUGAUCUUCCCACUAUACACAAAAUGUCAAGGCUUACAACCCCAGAAAGAGGUCCUGGCAACAUCAUUUUCUUCACAGGUUAUGAAGGACUUGUUCACUGUACUUAAUUCUACCCCUGAAAGCAAGGACUUUGUAUGCAGCAAAAUAAAAAGAAAGAUUAAUGCCAUCCCUGCAAAUGACUUGAAAAAACAUCAACAGGACCCUGAGAUGACUCAGUUAAGAAAUAAGAAAUUUCUCCUAAUAGACCUAUAGAUCCCUGAGAACCAAGAAAUCUAAGACACACAAUAGUGUGUUAGCCUAAAGGUUGUAAAAAAGGUUUUUAACUAACAGUAAAAGGCAUUGAUAAAAGAUUACAAACCAUACCUUAAAUAUUUCUUUCAAAAAUACCAUCAAAUCCUAAAGACUAGUGAAUAUUUAAAAGCCAGUUAUAUUUUGAACAAUAAACAUGGGAAAUUAGGGAUAUAAAAUUCUGCAGAACUGAACUAGAGUCCCAUCUGAGAGGCAUAAUUAAUUCUGUGCUUAGUUGCUUAACAUGGUGAAUCCUCUGCUAGACUAUAAACCCCUUGGGAGCAUGGAUUUGGGGUUUCACGGUAUCUGCUCCAUUCUCAGUCUUCAUGUCGGGCCUCGUCUGCAGCAGGUGUGCAGGAAAUCAGUGUGUGGUCCCACUGGUGCAGGAACGAGCCUCCCCACCUGUACCCGGGACCCAGGAACAGUGCAUGGCUUCCCUAGUCCCUGAAAGCUGCUGUUCUUUUCCUUCCCUGAUCCCCCAAGAUUUAAGUAGGUAUGCUAAAGUUUCACUGAAUAGGUUCCUCAACCCUAAAGAUAAAAUCCCCAAUUCUAGAUUGGACAGACAGGGUUUAAUAGAUACUCAAUCACUCACAUAUCUGAAAAAAUAAAUAAGGUUCAAAGCACCAAGGCCGGGCUUAAAGACAUCAUCCAAAGCAAAGCCCAGCUAGUAACAAACUCAAAAGGCCAAGGAAUUUUAAGUCGCUUGAAAGAGACGGAAGGAAAAUGAAAGCCAUGAGGCAACGGACAACAGAGGUUUGGGAAAUCAGUAUGGACUAAAAGAAUCAAGGUCAAAAUAAAUGUAAAGAGCAUGUGUGAGUGGCCUAAAUUGCCGGGGGAAAAAAGGAAAGAAUAUGAGAUUAACAAAGAAAUUUUUCAGAGUUAGAAAUCUUGUGGCUGGAGCUGUUUUCAGCUUUGGGGGGUUCAAGGAACGACCAUGGCUGUCCCAAGUCAAAGUGGACUGCAGACAAGAACACAGGUUAUUUUGAAAUAGUUGGAGACCAUGACGUUCGAUUCCAAUAUUUUCUCUAUUUGUGUUUACAUCUACUUGUUCCAAAGAUGACCUACCUUUAGCUCGCACAAGAAAACAGCCUGAGGAGUCUAAAACCAUUAAAAAAUAAAUGGUAUGUUAUCUCCAACUGAAUUACCCAUACUAAACCUCAUUAUUUGUUAUUCUGAUUUAGUGUUCUCUAUUAGUAGAUAGCACUGUUAACUUUUUAAAAGGUAUAAAUGCCACAAAAGGAUUCUUAUGAAAAAAAAAUGAUCUUAUCCAAAAAACCAGCCUUCCGAUCUUAUUUAUGUAGUUUACUCAGCAAAUAUUUGUAGAACGCAUGACCAGCUUUCUAUGUAACAGUAAGACACUCUACUCACAUAAAAAUUCCUAUACUUUGUCCCACCAGCCCCUGCUGGAUAACCCCAAUGAUUUUACCAUCGUCUGUUAUAAAAUUAGAAAAAUAAUCAUCUCAAAAAUAGCAAGGCUUUCAAUACUAUGGCUAUGGGACCAAAUAUAGGAAGGGUAUAGAGUAAGGGAUUUCUUAAAAUAAUAGAGAAGUUUUACCUUUUUUUGUACCAUAGGAAAUAUUAAGUGUCUGCCAGUUCUCUCUCUACUGUGUCAACUUCAUUAAUUUCAGAAAUACUUUUCACUCUACAUUUCAUUCCCUGUUCAUGAAAAAAAAUUUCCUAGGCCCCAGUGGUCUACACAUUCUGCUCUUUUAUUUUCAGGCCUUAAAAUUCAAGGAGCCUACAUGAGUAAUGAGAUGAGGAGAAACGGUGCAGAAAGUUGUUGGGAAGCUUUUUGUUGGUGAAUUUAUUGUGCAUAUUUUGAAGUUGACCUUUUAAUCCAAGUUUUUAUUCAAUUCCACUGCAAGGAAUUGAGCAACACAGUCAGUUUGAAUAUUUGUAUGCCAGUGGCACUGAAGAACGAUUUUACGGGGAACAAGUCACAGAUUAAAUCACGAAGAAGCCAAUAUAUUCUUUUUAAGGCUAAAUGGAGGUGGGAUAGAUUUUUUUUUUUUUUAGGAAGAAAGUUUUCCAACAAAAAGAAAAAUUCAUUUUCCUGAUUUCUUCUCCAAAGGAGAUGUUGCUAGUAAUUGUGUGUCUUAUGUGAAUACAGAAAUGGUGUGAAUCACCCUGACGCCACCGUUACUCACUCCCAUCUUCACGAAAAAUAGCUUACCACAAGUUGCUCUAAGGUUAACCUUUCCCCUGGGUACGUGUGUAAUUUUUAAAAGCUGAAGCUCCAUAGCACAAAAAUCAAGGAAGUAAUAGUAGAGUCAAAGGGG